AUGGCCCAUCCUGUCACUUAUAAAACAUCCGACAUGAAGCUACAAGCUGCACGUGAAAGGCGCCGCCGUCAUUAUGUGAAAGAUGAUAUCUUGAAGAGACAGAGAGAGCUCCGCAGUUCUAAAACAAAGGAAUCAAAGGCAGCAAACAAAAUUACUAAAGAUCUCUCAAAGGCUGUCGCAAAACUUUUGCAUUGCAGAGUUGAAGAUGAGUCCAAGUCCAAGUCUGACUUGGAGUCAGAUGAUGAUGAAAAUAUGAUCUUCUGGAAUGUUUAUGCGCUAUCAGACAUCAAGGACGAAAUGUUGGAACUGAUCGGCGAUGACCUAUGCAAAUUUGUCGAGGGAGUUCUAUGCAACUAUGUGAAGAGUUUUCCUGAAGACUCCUCCCCUGGUGAUAUUUCUAUCAUUGAAACCUCAUUCACUAAAGUCCAAGACAUACUCAACCGGGCCAUUGCCGCACAAGAUCAAAUCCUGAAUUUCUGUGGAGUCUUGCCUCAGUGGCAUGCCGCUGACACAGUCACCCAUUUCUUAAGGACUGUGCUUGCAUAUCUAGAGGACAUUCAGUGUCUGUUGUUUUCUGGAGGAAUUUGUGAGCUCACAGUCGCUCACUCAAUGGGGGAGAUGAUGUAUCAGAAAGGGAUCAGAAUUUGA